AAGAGUGAAUUCCUUCCUCCUUUCCAUCGAAGUGGAGUGGAGCAGUAUCGUGUGUUUUGUAGUGUGAAAUGAUAAGAAAGUAGUUAUAACGAAUGAGAUAAGUACUAUCUCAUAGUUCGAUUUUUAUAACGUAGAUUUUUUAUAGUAUCAUGAAGAUUUGGACCUCUGAACACACUUUCAAUCAUCCUUGGGAGACCGUUGCUCAGGCAGCAUGGCGAAAAUACCCUAAUCCUAUGAACCCAGCAGUCAUAGGAACUGACGUUGUGGAGAGAAGAGUAGUGAACGGCGUAUUAGUCACUCACAGACUCGUUAGCUCUAAAUGGUUUUUCCCAAAAUGGGCACAGGCUUUGAUUGGGUCAGCCAAAAUAUGUUAUGCAAGUGAGAGGUCAGAAGUGAACCCAAGUGUGCGAUAUAUGUCACUGAAGACUACGAAUCUAACAUUCUGUCGGUAUAUCGCUGUGGAUGAGACAGUUCGGUACACUCCACAUCCAUCAGAUCCUGCCAAGACCCUUCUGACACAGGAAGCAGUGGUCACUGUACAAGGUGUACCACUCAGCAGCUACAUGGAAGAUUUAUUAACAAAUAAAAUAUCCUUAAAUGCUGGAAAAGGCAGACAAGCCAUAGAAUGGGUCAUAGGAAAAUUGGAUACAGAGAUAAAAGAACUAGCUAGUUCUGCUUGUAAAAGCACAGAUGAGCUGUUAAGCCAGACAAAGAAAUCCCUUGAUGAUAUCACUUCUACAGCCAGAAGAUCCAUGGACGAUAUAUCAUCCAAAGCAAAGCGAUCACUGGAUGAUAUAGAAAAGUUCACCAAGGCAAAUGCGAAUCAACGAAGCUGAAAGGAGGAGUGAUCUCCGCUUGGUUUCAUUGAACACUAUCGUGCUGAUAACGUACAACCCACGCUAUUAUGCAAUUUAGAUGGCUAUUUAUUUUUCGUAAUGAAGUGUGAUUUUAUUCAUUUAUAACUGUAAUAGUUGUCAUCUGUAAUGAAUGAUUAUUUACAAGCAUUUUAGUAAACAGUUUAUAUGUCCCACUGUUGGGACAGGGCCUGCCCUCAAUCUACUACAGGAGGUAUGGACCAUACUCCACCACACUGCUCCAGGCUGUAGGGUUUUGGUAAAGUAGCAUUGAAAUCAAACUUUAUUUUGAUGUUUCAUGAGACAUGGUCCAUCUGAUUGAGUGAAAUAUUGAUAUUACUGGAUAAUAUUAGAAAUAACCAAUUGGUUCUUACAGCAACUUGCAGAGCUUGUAAGAUAACAUGACAACAAUCCUGAAUUAUAUUGUGUAUAAAUGAAUUUAGAACUUAUAAUAUGGAACUUGUGAAAUGUUUUGGAAUUGUAUGUAAUAUAUGAUUUAAACUUAGUAUUACUGAUUAAUUCCACAAUGGGUUAGUAGUGCAUGUUGUGUAGUAAAAGAAACACUACUGAAAUUUAUAAUUGUAAUGUAAUAGCAAAUUCAACAGGACUUAUGGUUGUUUGCCCUUAUGUGCAAUAUGCUAAUAUCAUUAUUUUAAAAAUCUACUCAAAAUUGCUUAAACCUACUACUAUCAAUGCAAUGCAGCUGUGAUGUAAAAACACUUAGUAAGACCAAAUAUUUUUUGCCAUUAGUACUGUCUUAGAUUCAUUUUAUUUAAAGAAUAAAUUGUUAUCAUA